AUGUGGCCUCUUGUCCUUGCAGGCUUCCAUCUGUUUGAAAAAUUACCUUCAGUAGUUCCUGAAAGCUGCCUAUUGAUCUUUGUGGGGCUCAUCAUGGGAGGCAUCAUUUAUGGCCUCAACGACAAGUCCCCUCCGGUGAUGGACAGCGACAUCUUCUUCCUUUACCUCCUGCCCCCUAUAGUCCUGGACGCCGGCUAUUUCAUGCCCAGCCGCCCAUUCUUUGAGAACAUUGGGACCAUCCUCUUAUAUGCCGUGGUGGGGACCAUCUGGAAUGUCUUUGGGAUUGGGUUCUCACUCUACGGGAUAUGCCAAGUGGGCGCCUUCCAGCUGCAUGACAUCUCCUUGCUCCACAACCUCUUGUUCAGUAGCCUGAUCGCUGCCGUCGACCCGGUGGCUGUGCUGUCCGUGUUCGAAGAGAUACAUGUCAAUGAAAAGCUCCACAUCUUGGUGUUUGGAGAAUCUCUUCUCAACGACGCUGUAUCAGUUGUGCUGUAUAAGCUGUUCCGAUCCUUUUGCGAAAUGCCGUCCAUCAAAAUGGCAGAUGUGUUUGCAGGCAUUGGGAAAUUCUUUGUGGUUGGAAUCGGAGGGGUCUUGGUAGGCCUCCUGUUCGGCGUGAUCGCUGCCUUCACCACGCGCUUUACCAAAAACAUCCGUGUGAUUGAGCCCCUUUUCGUCUUCCUCUACAGUUACCUGUCUUAUCUCACGGCAGAGAUGUUCCACCUCUCUGGCAUCGUGGCAAUCAUUGCCUGUGCAAUGGGGAUGAAACGUUACGUGGAGGCCAACAUCUCUCUGAAGUCCCAUACAACCAUCAAAUACUUCAUGAAAAUGUGGAGUAGUGUCAGUGACACCCUCAUCUUUAUCUUCCUUGGCGUCUCCACCAUCGGGGACAAUCACGAGUGGAGUUUGCCAUACAUUUGCUUCACGGUCAUUUUCUGUCUCCUCUGGAGAGCCCUAGGAGUCCUUGUCCUGACUUUCAUCGUCAACAGAUUACAUGUGAAUACCGUAACGCCCAAAGACCAGUUCAUUAUCGCCUACGGUGGGCUCAGAGGGGCCAUCUGUUUCUCCCUGGUGUUCUUGCUCCCCGACUUUCAGAGGAAGAAACUCUUUAUCGCUGCAACGACUGUGGUGAUCCUCUUCACUGUGUUUGUACAGGGUAUGACCAUCCGUCCCCUUGUUGACUUGUUAGAUGUUACCCGAAAACAAGAAAGUACUCCUACUGUUGGCGAACAGAUCCAUAUUCGGUUCUUGGAUCAUUUGUUGGCUGGCAUAGAAGAUAUAUCGGGACACUGGGGACAGUAUUAUUGGAAAGACAAAUUGGAGUAUUUCAACAGCAAAUACGUGCAGAAGUUCUUGCUCCGGGAAUAUGCGCAACCCAAGUCAAGCAUUGUGCUCCUCUACGAGAAACUGGAAAGGAAGCAUGCCAUUGAGUUAGCUGAAGCAGGCCAACUCAUUUGUGGGCCGACCCAUCAAUCACUGCUCCACAAUGACACACCUGCCAUCACGGUCAAUGACUCGGAGAGUCUCAACCUGGACGAUAUGGAUGAUAUCCAGAAGAUCUUGGAAAGGAACCUGUACAAAACAAGGAGGACGGUGCCGGCAUACAACAGGCACACUCUUCCUGGAGAAACAGAGCCAGCAGAACAAGCCAAGGAGAUCUUGAUCCUCAGGCACAAGAGUUGGCAGAUCCACAUGAACCAAAGUGACUCCGACCACGUGAGCAAGGAGAAGGAUGACGCCUAUUCAUCAGAUGGUGGAGCUAACGCCAAACCCAAAUUGUGCAGAUCUGUUACCACCAAGCAUUCCAGAAAAGUUCCAAGUGUGAAAUCUAACCGAUCAAAGUCAGUUGGCUUUAUUAUACCUCUGCGGUCCAGUACGACCCAGUGGGUUAAUGAUGAAGAAACGGGGAAAAAGCGAAUUUCCAAGGAGAAGUAA